CUAUCAUGUAGCUUUUAAUAUGAGGUACAACAUCACUGCGUGCCAAAUGAAAUCGACAAAUGACAAAACAUGAGAAUUUUUGAUUCGUAUGAAAGUUUGUAUUCCAUUUGGGUUGGAGGUAAUAUGAGUUUUCCACAGCAAUUGGGAAUAUUUUGACUCAAGUGUAAUUUUUCAAUAGGGUGCAUCGAUUUUAGUAAGAGAAAUCUUUGAUAAUUUAUAUCUCAAAAAUGUCGUAUCGAAAUAAAGUCUUAGAAAGAGUUAUAUAGUAUUUAUGUUUAAACGUGAAAAAAAUCACUGAGAAAAAAAUAGUACUCUCAAUAUCUAAAAUAUGUAUUUAAAUUUAUUAUUCAUAAUUCAUAAAUUCAUUCAAAGUCUAUAAGUCGGACAUUAUGGGUUUAAACAUAAUUAACCUGUUUACGUUAUGCCUAGAUUGUACCUCUCAGUCAGGUAUCUUCUGCAUAGUUUGCCGGAUCAGCUAGUAUCUCUGUAUACUAGCUGACCCGGCAAACUUCGACCAGCUCAAAAUUUGUUUUUUUUCCAAAAUAUAUAUUUUUAUAAAGGCUCAUAUGGCGUUAGCCUCACGGGGCCGGGAGUUCAAUACUUUGACAAUUUUUCUUGUUAUCUAUGUUAGUAAUAUGUAACCGAUUACUCGCGGUUGGCUCGAGGUUAGUAUGUGUUUUCGUAAUUGGGAUGUUGCUGUCUCCAAUGCGCUGUACGUGUGCCCGACACGGGAUACUUCCUAUUGGGAUGCAGCUGACCAUUAAUCAGCAACGCCCCCCUAGUCCGUACCUCAUAUCUAGCGUGGUGCGUCUUUCUCGACUCGAGGAAUCCAGGAUAGAAUGGUCACUAGCCGGCGCAAUCAUCAGUUCGUGUAGAGUUGUCAUGAGCGGUACAACCUUUGGCUCUUGUUGAAUGAUCAGUGGACUGCACAACCUUUGGCCCGUGUGUCUGUAAAGAGUGUGUGUAUGUAUUGCCGCGACUAAGCAAAAGUUUAUCGAUCGGAUAGGAGGGAUAUGAAACGGGGACACAACGAAGGAAACAUCAUUAAACGUUGACAUCGGCGUUUCUGAGGAACAGGUAUAGAUGAAGCAGAAGAUCAGGAUCACGGCUACCUAAGACGGGGAUCUCUUUGUUUUUUGUUAUCAAUACCUUCAAACAUUCACGUUUUCUUACUAAGCGCAAGUUCAUGGGUCCAAUCGCAGAACUGUUCAUUGAUUGAUCUUCUAAUCGACCCCGUUGAAUUUACCUUUUACUAAAAAAAAUCCUAGUAUUUCUAUCAAAACUCAUCAUUAUAAUAUCAGAUUAUUUCAGACACAAUUCUCGUUCGAGAUUUUUCAACCACUUGCAAAUAACAUGUUUCUCCGUUACAUGGAAUAAAUGUUUGAUACAGAAAAUAUGAUAGACUAAAGACAGCCCUAAAUCGGACAAUUCCUUCCUCGAGUUCUGCUCGUAUCAACACAUCCGGCGAUCUUUUUUUUUUGAAUAAAUAGAAGAAGAUAUAGGAGUGCGAUUCAUCACAUUAAAAUACAUUUCCAAUUUCGACCAAAGAUCAAUUUCGCUAGCGCAAACAUCAAAUGGACUAACAGCACUUGUAAUUGUAGAACAUAUGGGAAUUUAAUUUUCCGAAUUUUCCCUUUUUCCUUCAGAGUUUUUCGAAAAUUUUCAAUUGUCAUGUUUGGUUGGAGCAUUUUUGGUUGAAAUAUGUGUAAUAUUUUUAUGGGACCCCCUCUCCAUUCCAGAGGAGGGAGGGGUGUCAUACCAUCAUAGAAACAUUUCUCAUACCCAAAAACCCUCACAUCCCAAACUUGGCUCAAUUCGCUUGAUUAGUUUUCGAAUUAUGCAGAAGUUUGUGUUUGUGUGCACCCAUACAUGCAGCGUCAACUCGUUUGGCACCCAUACAUCCAGCUUUGUUUGGAAUCCAAUCUUCUGCAAAUGGUUCCAAACGGUUUUAUGGUCUAUACCCAGUUCUUGGCCAAUCGAGCGAGUGCUCAUAUGCCGGUCUACAUGGAUGAUUUCAACGAUUUUAUCGGUUUCCACGAUGAUUGGCCUACCAGUACGGGGUGUAUCUUCGACAGUCACUACACCAGAACGAAAUCGAUCAAUCGGGUCCAUAAACUACACGAUUUUUUUCGGCCGACUUCGUUGCAGUUUUACCUCGCAGGUAGUAAAAACGUAAAACAUGGUGAAUUUCUUGCUUGGUGGACUCCAUCUUUGACGCGCUAUAACUUAAGACAGAAAAGGACAAUCACAACACUGUCAAAAUGACACUUUUAGCACAGAUUGUCCUCUUUAAAUAACCGUAUUCGCGUUGACAGUGCGACGGUAGUGCCUCCUAGUGUUGGCAGGUGUUGGCUUCUCAUUAGGGGGCAAAACAUAAACAAACCGCCAUCGAAAAUAUACAAAUUUGAUACAGUGAUUACUCAUUGUAAUUCUUUGAUUGUGUCGUCUGCUGGUUUUAGGAAUCUUUAAACAGCUUUCAAACAGCAUAUUACGGUGAAUAACGAAUAUUCUGGCCUCGAAUAUCUGGAGGACUGAGAUUUUAGGGUAAUUUCUUUAAUAAAAUUUUGAAUGAAACUUGAAAAGAAAUGAAGUGCUGUUAUAUUAAACAGUUCUGUCAAUUCAUUGUCUUUCAUAAUAAAGCGAAAAACAUUACGAUACAAUUCAUUUGCAGUGCAGUGCUUCGUGGAGAAAAUGGCCGAGUGGAAGCAAAGUGAACCUUGCAACGAGCCUUGUGAUGAAAAUAUCGGGAUUCAAUCUAUAACACCGCAUUCUAGUAAAGUGGUUUGUAUAGUUCCUGGAUGUCGUACACGGAAUGGCCAAGGAUAUUCAUUCCACAACUUUCCCCCGAAGGCGGAUAGAAAACGGUAUAAGGUUUGGUUGACAAAAUUGCGACUGAAUUAUGAGCCAUCUCUGUCGUCGAAAGCUUGCAGCUUACAUUUUAGCAUUACAAACUUUGUUGUUCCUACUGCGAGAAGGCUUACUGAACGGAUGAUUUUAAAAAGAACAGCCAUACCAGACAUCAACUUACCUAAACCAAUUUGUAACACAGUGAGAGAAAUAGCAGCUAAAAAUCGCGCAGAACGAGCAGCCAGGUGGAAUGAAUUUAAACCAGAUCUGAAUCAUUAUAUGGAGGACAGCCAAAUGUCGAUCUGUGAUGAUACUGAGGACGCAAUAGACAUUAUUACAGCACCGGACUUUGAGCAAGCAGCUGUUAUUACAUCACCGGACUUUGUGCAAGCAGCUGUUAUUACAUCACCGGACUUUGUGGAAGCAGCUGUUCAGGUGGACACGCUUGAUUUGGAUAAACUUUUUAUCGGUCGUCGUAGAACUAUGUCUGUCCACUUUAAAACCGAUUCGGAGUUGAACUCCUGGACAGGGUUAGCUUCCCUCAAAAUGUUGGAUACCAUCGUUGAGGGCUUAUGUUCGUUGGCCGCGUAUAAGAAGCGAUCGCACUCUACCGUUCCUGUAGAAGAGGAAGUGCUUGUAGUGUUUGUGAAAAUGAAAACGAAUAUAUCGUUCUCUUGCAUGAGUGCUCUGUUUAACUUACAUUACCAGACUAUUUCUCAGGUGUUUUACCGGAUAGUUCCAUUGUUGAAGAUGAUGUGCACUCCAUUAGUACCAUGGCCAACACAAGAAGAAGUUAAUCGCAAUAUGCCACACUAUUUCCGACCAUAUUAUACUGACGUUAUCGCUGUACUCGAUUGCACUGAAAUGCCAAUUAAAAAACCAAAAUGUCUCCACUGCAGGAUCAACGCAUAUUCGCAUUAUAAAGGACGUGAGACUGCGAAGUACUUGAUUGCAGUUACUCCAGGAGGAACAAUAUGCUAUAUAAGUCAUGGAUAUGGCGGGAAGGCUUCGGAUAAGCAAAUAGUUACUGCGGAAAAAUUGCUCGAAAAAUUUAAAAUUGGUGAAGCAGUGAUGACCGAUAAAGGUUCCAGCAUAGAUACUGAAUGUAAAGCCCUCGGAGUGAAGCUUGUGCGACCACCAUUUCUAACGGCUCCUCGAUAUCAGCUGAGUACAAUGGAUGCUCGUGUAAAUGUUUCUAUAGCCGCGUCAAGAGUACAUGUGGAACGAGCUAUACAACGCAUAAAAAUUUUCGAAAUAUUCAACAACAAAAUCGAUACACGUUUUCUUCCUAUAUUGGAUGAUUUAAUAUACAUUGCCUGUGGAAUUGUCAAUAUUUCGAAGCCAAUUCUGUCAAACGAACGAUUUUAGAAUUAGAAUUUUUUAUUAAUAAUACUUUAGAAUACAUAUAUUAAACAGACGAAUAUAGAUAUUUCAAAAAAAAAAAACAUUAAAAUAAACCUCCUUCAGCACUGCUACCAUCGUUCUAACAUAAUCUGGAUCGAAUUGAACUUCCUGAACAUAGCAUUUAUCAUCAUAUUCUGAAUAGAUUAUAAAAUCUGCUACUCUACAUUUUGUUAUGAACAUAGUUAGUUGCAACUGUGCGUAAUAUUGAUGAUUUUUUUUCAAAACAUUUAAUCUUGUAAAAUAGGGAAGAAAAUCAAUUAAAUCACUCAAUGAUUUAUUUUCCCUUUCUUUUGGACACUUAAUUUCUAUUAUUCUCCCUUCGUUUAUAACAAUUCCGUCAGGAGAACAUCCCAGCCAUGAAAUAUGUGGGGGUAUUACGAAACCACAACUCCAAACGUUUUUUCUGUAGUCUCGCUCAUAUGCUGUUAUGGCUUUUGAUUCGCAUCGGAUCCCAUGUACGAUUGCUGGUGUUGAAAGAUGUUUCGGUGUCACCAUACUCAGGAUUUUACUUUUCCAAUUUUUGUUCUUGUCGGGUUGAUUUGUGUAGUAUGUAUACACAGAGUAUGCACUGGAUGAAGUGAUGCGCCGGCUUCGUUCUUUUUUCCAUUGCGAUGAUACUCUUUGUUCUAUAGUUCUUGUACAUAUUUUCAAAGACUCGUAUUCCGAUACUUUCACAUUAAUUUCGAAAUGAAGUUGCAGAUCCUUUUCUAACGGACCUAUAAAUUCCAUUAUUUCACGAUCGAUCAUCGUGAAGUUAUCAGGAUGAAACGAUCUUCUCAGGAAGGAUUUAAGUAGACUGCAAGUCAUAUUUUCUUCAAUAGAAAUUAACGAAUCAAUGGAUUCUGUAGAAUGACUUUGCACAUCUAUAUCGAGAAGUGUAUUCAGAACAUCAGAUUCAUCAUUUUUGUCAAUAUUUUUCAUUUCUCGUCCUUUCUUUUCGUAUGCCAGACCGCUUUCAGGGAAUCCUAAUAAUUAAUAAUUAAAAUUUUAUUUUAAAAAAUCGAUCAAUAAAUUGGAAGCAAACCUUUCACGAAAAGCUGAAGAAUGUUGGUACCCUCAUCGUGAGUCAAACCCGCCGGCGAGGCAGCUUCAGUCGUAUCUUUUGUAUUCGUCAUUUUUUUGCAGAAUGCGGUCAAUGGUGUUGUCUUGUACAUAUCGUCAGCAACUUUUUCUGCAAUUUUACCCCACUUUUGUUGCAAAUCUGUUACUGUAAGCAAUGGAAC